UUAAUUCUUCUUUGGUGACUAUGCAUUUAUGGGUAUUGGGUAUCUUAUCUGAUCUGGGAUUCAUCAGAUUCUAAAGCCUCUUUUUUCAGGGAAUAGUUUGGCAACCCAUCAGUGAAUAGCAGUCUGCAUUAUGAAGGAUUUUAAAGCUUCUAGCCAUAGAGGCCAAUAUCAUGGGAACUAUGCAGACGAAAGAAUUUGGGAUGGGGCCCGUAGUUCAGUGGAUGAAGAUCUUGAGUGUGCUGUGGCAAUGUCACUUUCAGAACAAGACCAAAAAGGGAAAAACGUGAUUGGUAAAUUGCAUGAGGAAGAUGAACAACUUGCCAAAGCUCUUCAAGAAAGUUAUCCUUUUGCGGAAGAUGAACAACUUGCCAAGGCUCUUCAAGAAAGUUGUCCUUUGGAGGAAGAUGAACUACUUGCCAAGGCUCUUCAAGAAAGUGGUCCUUUGGAAUUGGCGGAAGAUGAACUACUUGCCAAAGCUAUUCACGAAAGUCUCUUGGAGUCUCCUCCCCAAAACAGAAUCUGUGCUGGCUGCAACACUGAGAUUAGCCCUUUGAAAAUUUUGCGCCGCAUGGAUGCUAUUUGGCAUGCAGAAUGUUUUCGUUGUCAUGCUUGCAAUCUACCCAUUAAGGAUCAUGAGUUUUCUACGUCAGGCAAGCACCGUUUUCACAAAUCCUGCCAUAAGAAGCCGCAUCCCCCAAUAUGUGAUGUUUGCAAGAAUUUUAUCCCAAAAAAUUCAGCAGGUCUUAUUGAGUGUAGGGAACGGCCUUUCUGGAAGCAGCAGUUCUGCCCCUCACAUGAACAUGACAGAACUCCUCAGUGUUGCAGCUGUGAAAGAAUGGAGACGAGGGACAGGAAAUAUCUAUUACUUGAUGAUGGUCGGAAGCUUUGUCUGGAGUGUCUAGACUCAGCAGUUAUGGAUACUAAUGAAUGCCAGCCUCUUUAUAUUGAAAUACAAAAUUUCUUCGAAGGUUUACAGAUGAAAGUGGAGCAGAAAAUUCCAAUGCUCUUGGUUCAGAGACAAGCACUAAAUGUGGCCAUGGAUGGAGAAAAGAAUGGUCACCAUCACAUGCGUGAGACCAGAGGACUUUGUUUGUCAGAGGAACAGACGGUUACCACUAUCUCUAGGAGGCCAAGGAUGGUGGACAACCAAAUUAUAGACGUGGAAACUGAGCCUUGUAGGUUGAUCCGUAGGUGUGAAGUAACAGCAAUUCUUGUUUUGUAUGGCCUUCCUAGGUUGUUGACUGGGUCAAUCCUGGCUCAUGAGAUGAUGCAUGCGUGGCUCAGGCUUAAAGGUUACCCCAAUCUUAGUCCAGAGGUUGAAGAGGGUAUCUGCCAGGUCUUAGCUCAUAUGUGGAUGGAGUCUGAGAUCCGUUCAGCAUCUGGAAGUGAUGUUGCUUCAUCAUCAUCUUCAUCAUCCUCUUCUUCCUCGUCAUCAAAAAAGGGUAAACGAUCUGAGUUUGAGAAGAAACUUGGUGAGUUUUUCAAACACCAGAUUGAGACAGAUGAAACAUCAGCUUAUGGAGAUGGAUUCAGGAAAGGAAACGAGGCAGUGCUCAAAUAUGGCCUGAAGCGUACUCUUAAACAUAUUCAAAUGACAAAAAACUUUCCUUAGUGAUAUGUAGUAUUUUCCCUACGAGUAAAAUUUAGAUACAGUCUUUAAGUGUUGUAUUUUAGGUUUUUUAAUUAAAUUCAAACACCUUCAUUGAAUUUAAUUGUCAUUAGACAAGAUAGCACUAAUUUGUCAUAUGUUUGAAUUUAAUUGGGGCUUAUCAUACUUAGGUCAAUAGAACUAAAACUUAUUAUGAAUUCAAGAGACAAAAAUAAACAAUAGAAAUGUUUGUGUAAUUGUUGUAAUCUACCCUUGACCUCAUAAUAAUACUACAUUGUACGUA